AUGAAUGCGGUCCCGAUCCGUCAAGAUGUAACCGAUGCAGAGAAACAGGAAGCUACGCAGAGAGCUAAAGCACAGUGGGAGAAGAUGGGUCGCACAGCCUCCUGGGGAUGUGCCUGGUACAAGCGCUGGUUCGACCUGGUAUGCGCAGCUGUCGAGAAGAAGCAGCGGCUGAAGGCAGUCUUCUUUCCUGGCCAGGUGGGUUACGGCAUUCCCACCAUGGAGGACCUCUCCGACUGCGAGGUGGACCUCUGGGACGGCGUCGGAUGUGGUGGCUCGCAGAAAUCCGAGCUGGCAACGGCGAACCUCAUGCAGAAGCAACAUCCCGGAUGGGACUAUGAGGAGGUGGAUGUCACGGCUUUUCUCAAGAAUCAGUUCCCGCUGGGUGCCCCAGUGGAUGCUCUGCAUGAGACCGAAGCUGACUCCAGAUGGCGCAGGGGCAUCGUGGUAAAACAGAUGGAAAAGGUGUCCAAAACCGAGUCCGGCGAUGAGUCCACGGAGUUUGUCUGGCAGAUCAAGUGUGACGACGACUCUGGAGACAUCUUUGAGACCGGCCACGUCCGACACCUCAACGUGGCGGUUGAGUAUGCUAGUUGUUUCAGUGGGCGUGUGGCAUACUUCGAGACCUGGGACAUCCUGGAGCCUGCUUUGCGCCAAUGCCUGGCUGACGUGAAACUGCGCCAUCCCACCGCCUGCCGCCUCCGCAGCGGCACCCCGGCGCUGAGCAUUGGCAUUCAAAUCCCGAACGUCGAGUCACUCCUGGCACUGAGAGAUCGCGUCUUGAGCGGCGACUUCGAUCGGAGCGUCAACGAAGGCCUUGCGCUCGGAGCUCCAGAGUUCAAGGUCAAGGGCGACAAGAGCCGGCUCUUCGAGCUUUACGAGGAUAGCCUCCUGGGCUUGAAGGAGCUGACCGAGCAUCAGCAGGUGAAGCUGAAAGAGAUGGAGGGCCUCGACGACGUUCAUCUCUCUGCCCCAGCGGGUGCGGGAAAGACCUUCGUUGCGGUGCAGCACGUGCUCGAGCAUCUCAACAGCCAUCCCUCAGCCCGUCUGCUCUACGUCGCUCCCUCCGGAAGCCUUGGCCUUCACUUCAUUCGCUGGCUCUCUAUGCGACUCGCAUCGCGAACGCAGCACAGCGAGCCGGGGCUCGUGCAAAGCAGGAUCCAGCAGGUGCUCUCUAGAAUGACUUUGCUGCACAGCCCCUUCAAACACUUCCAGCUGCCCUCCCUGGACGGUGAUCGCAUACUCCGACGUGUGGCCGAACCCGGCACAGAAGAGUAUGACAUGGUUGUCUACGAUGAAGGUGCGGAGUUCGCUUCGGCUUCAGUGCAGGCAAAGCAGGAGAAUAUCGUUCUCGAUACCGUUGAGAAUGCAGAUGGCUUGGAGCAGCUUGUGGUUGUUUGUGUUGGGCUGGAUGCUCCUAUUCAGCGCCACGUGGAAGACAUACAGACGCGCUCACGGCUCUAUAGAGGCUUAACGAGAGCUCAGCUCUUGGCCAUCGUGGUCAACGAAAGGGUGCAGGGAGGAUGGCUAGAAUUCUUAGGCAUGGUGACGUUCUCUGAGUCCUCUGAUGAAGCGGUUGCAGAGAAGGAGUCUGUCCAGAGUAUCCAAAAGGCUGCGGCCAAAGUGCAUGAAGAAGCCUUGCAGACCGUGGUGGAGAGGCAUGCAGAGGAUCAUGGUGCCCCAGCGGGUGCCAGUGCGGUCGCAGGUGCAUCCCAAACAGUUGGCGAUGACCACGCUUUGGUGAAGAGUGCUCAGCCGGACCAUAUUACUCAGCCGCCAAGGCACGAGACCUCGACAGCCUUUGGGUUGCAGUCAGCAGCGAACGAGAGCCUUUUUUUGGUACAGGUCUGGGAUACCAGUGGCAACACCAUGUCAAAGCCGACGAGCUUGCUUUUCAACCCCUUCUUCUCGACAGAUGAGGUGGUGGGCCCAUGUACUCUUCGCCCCACGGAUCCACUUCUCUCGCUCUGUCGCUCUGUCUCUCUGUCUCUCUCUCUCUCUCUCUCUCUCUUUGUCCGUCUCUGUCUGUCUCUGUCUCUGCCUCUGUCUCUGUCUCUGUCUCUCCCUCUCUCUGUUCUAGGGGCUGCGCCCAGGGGCGGGCAGUGCAGGUAG